GCAUCAUAUUCGCCCUGUGCACGAGAUGACACGCACGCUUUUCGACUUUGCGGCUGCCGUAUUCUUGUUUGAAAAAUUCAACAAAGAUUUGGUUAUGUCUGAACGGAAUCGAUGCUGAGACAACGAGUUGUCGUGGGUAUUCGCACGCUCAUGCCCAGCUUCAUACAUCGGCAGCCUGCUCUUGGCGCAGGUGCUGGGAAGAAGAAAUCCAGCACAGCUGCGUUAGACGGCCUUCGGGGGAUUGCUGCAUUGUUCGUCUUUUGCUUUCAUGUUCUCUUCUCAUAUACGACGGCCAUCGAAUACGGCUAUGGCCAGAGCGAAGCAAACCAGCAUAUCGUUCAGCUACCCUUUCUGUCGCUAUUCUACAGAGGUCACAGCAUGGUUGCAGUCUUCUUCGUAGUCGGAGGCUACGUCAUGUCUAUUAAGCCGUUGUCCCUGAUGCACUCCCAUCAAGCGGCUGCAGCCCCCGGGGUGCUGGUGUCGUCUGUCUUUCGGCGUGGCAUCCGCCUCUACCUACCCGCAAUUGCGGCGACGUUCGUCACCAUGUGUACCGUCUACUUUGGGCUGUGGGAGUACCCCAGACAAUUCGUCACCGGCGAUGAGCAGCUCAUCGUGUACUCGGACCUUCACCCCUUACCAAAGGCCACGUUGGCUUCGCAAUUCUGGGACUGGUUGAACGAGGUGGCCAGCAUGACCGAUCUCUUUUACUACUACAACAAGAAUGGCUUUUUGCUUCCAUACUACAACAAGUAUGAUCCGCAUCUUUGGACCGUUCCGUUCGAGUAUCGGUCUUCUCUUAUCGUUACCGUCGUGUUGCUGGCCCUCUCGCGGUGUAAAUUCGCCGUCCGUCUCUUCCUUACAGGCCUCAUCGUCCUCUUCUGUGGAUUCUGGGAUCGCUGGGAAGUCGUGUGCUUUCUUGCCGGCAUGAUCUUGUGUGACAUCGACCUGUUCAAUCAAAAGCCCGAGCCCCGACCUGCAAGGCUAGAGACCAUCGUUGAGGAGGACGAAGACUUGCUUCCGCAAUGGGAAGCGAAAACAAGAUUAGCCCUGGAAGACUCUGCAACAAGAAAUGGCUAUGUGAAGCAUUGGCUUCUUCUCUUUCUCGCAGGGCUUUACCUGCUCUCAACGCCGAAUCUGGACAUUGGCAACACUCCCGGCUAUCAAACUCUUUUCCAACUUACGCCGUCCACAUACUCCGACAAAAAACGGUUUCUGCAAUCUCUGGGAGCCAUUUGCACUGUUUGGGCCAUAACCAAUUGUUCCGCCCUUCAGUCGCCCUUCGUCACCUCCUUUGCUCAAUAUCUCGGUAGCAUUAGUUAUUCACUUUACAUCGUUCACGGACCGUUGAUCCAUAUCGUUGGUUAUUCGAUAACACCGAAUAUCUGGAUCCAUUUUACGGGCAAAGAGGGUCUGAAUUGGAUUGCGGGGCUUAUCUUGGGAAGCGGGAUAUUAGCUGCCUUUGUCGUCAUCACUGCUGAUAUUUUCUGGCGCCACGUCGAUCUGAAAUCUAUAGCCAUUGCAAGAUACCUUGAGUGCGCCUGCUUCGCGGACACUUAAGCACAAAGCUCGUACAAUCUAAGUGGGAUUCCCCCCGUCGAAGCAGAUACGUGGCCGAGCAGACCCGCAAGAGCGUGCAUGCAUGCCCAAAGUCUUGCGCAUGCAUAUCGGGGCAUGGGCGCACCAGCAAAGCCACGCGCCGAAGUCGUUGCCCAAUAUCGCGUCAUAUAUCUUGUUACUUGCUCACCAGGCUUGAUUAAUAUGGCUGGGGGUUCCGAUUGCGACCGGCGGAGUAAAAGAACAGAGACCACCACUUCAGAAAUUCGCCCGACGUACUCAAUCUUGCUGUAAACCUUGUCAAAACCUAACUCAUAUCCCUAUCUCCGAACAUCUAUCUCCAGUACUCUCAAAACACGGAAUGAGUCUAUCGAAGUUUCAAAGGCAGGCUCUGGACAGGGAUUCAGCUCAGUCAAAAAUUGUACAGUAGCAAAUGCAUAGGGAUGGCUUUGAAAUUAGGCAACUGUGUUCUGGGCUCGGGACUGUUGUGGGAAAACGCUCCACCUUUUAAGUUUGUUGCUGUCAGUUGCUAUACGUUUCGUUUGCGUGAUCACUG